AUGACUAUCUGUAUCAGGCCGUCACAAAUUUUCUUUUCACGACCAACUAUGGCGGAAGCUUCGUCUUCAACCUCGGAGCGGGUGCCAUUCUCGACAUUAGAGCUCUCCGAUGAAACGAGCAGGGCAAUUGAGGCCAUGGGUCUCAAAACCAUGACUCCGAUCCAGGCGCAAUCAAUACCGAUAUUGCUCACCGGAAAAGAUGUACUUGGAGCAGCCCGAACGGGUUCCGGAAAAACUCUUGCUUUUGUCAUCCCUGCGGUCGAAUUGUUGCAUCGACUAAAGUUUAAACCCAUGAACGGAACUGGGAUCAUAAUCAUCUCACCAACAAGAGAGCUAGCGCUGCAAAUUUUCGGCGUUGCCAAAGACAUCAUGCAAUUCCAUUCCCAAACUUGCGGCAUUGUUAUGGGUGGCGCCAACAUGCGAGCGGAGCAAGACAAGCUCUCCAAGGGAGUCAGUCUUCUUGUUGCAACUCCGGGGAGACUAUUGGAUCAUCUUAUGAACACCAAAGGCUUCAUUUUCCGGAAUUUGCGCGCACUGGUCAUCGACGAGGCGGACCGGAUAUUGGAGAUCGGAUUCGAGGAGCAGAUGAAGAAAAUUAUCAGCAUUCUACCUUCUGAGGAGCGACAAUCGAUGCUAUUUUCGGCCACUCAGACCACCAAAGUCGCCGACUUGGCUCGAAUUUCAUUGCGACCGGGCUCAGUCAGCGUUGAUAUCGACGGCAAGGAGCAAAACAGUACGGUCGAUACCCUAGCUCAAGGCUAUGUCGUCUGCGAUUCCGACCAGCGAUUUCUCCUCCUCUACACCUUCCUCUCAAAAAACCGCAAAAAGAAAGUUAUCGUCUUCUUCUCGAGCUGUAACUCAGUCAAGUACCAUGCGGAACUACUCAACUACAUCGACAUACCCGUAUUGGAACUGCAUGGCAAGCAAAAGCAACUAAAACGCACCAAUACAUUCUUCGAGUUCAAAAACUCUUCGUCUGGCAUCCUCAUCUGCACUGAUGUCGCAGCACGUGGGCUUGACAUACCAGAAGUGGACUGGAUUGUUCAGUUUGAUCCUCCGGACGACCCCCGCGAUUAUAUUCAUCGUGCUGGAAGAACUGCACGCGCAGGAAAGAGUGGGAAGAGCUUAUUGUUUUUGCUUCGAAGCGAACUGGGCUUUUUGCGCUAUCUAAAACAAGCCAAAGUUCCCUUGAACGAGUUCAGUUUCCCUGCAAACCGAAUAGCCAACAUCCAAUCUCAAUUGGAGAAGCUGUUACAGAAAAAUUUCUAUCUUCACCAGUCCGCCAAAGACGGAUACCGAGCUUAUCUGCAAUCAUACGCGUCGUAUUCUCUGAAGGAGGUCUUCAACGUCAAUAACCUCGACUUGGCCAAGGUCGGCAAGUCCUUCGGAUUUGCUGUGCCUCCCCGCGUCAACCUGAACAUGGCUGGGGGAGGUGAUGCUAAAUCAAUAAAGGAAAAGGCGGCGCAUAAAAAGCGGAGGCGAUAUCAACCAGAGGAUCUCGACGGGGCAAGGAAGAGGGCCCAAAAGGCAGACGAUUCAUGA